AUGGCUGAACCUUCAAUUCUGUUUGCUCCGAAGCCUAGUGAGAUUCUCGUUAUGUACUUACCAAUCUCCAGCAUAGCCACAAGUGUCGUACUGAUUAGAGAAGAAUGGAAGAAUCAGUAUCCAGUCUUCUACAUAAGUAAGACAAUGAUAGAUGCUAAGACACAGUACAGCAAAGUAGAGAAGAUCAUACUAGCACUGGUGUACACAAAGAGGAAGCUUCGGCAUUAUUUUGAGUCUCAUAGCAUCGUAGUCUUAACCAACUACCCCAUACGAGUAAUUUUUUCCAAGCCAGACUUGUCCGGAAGAAUAACUAAGUGGGCAAUCGAACUCAGUCCCUUCGAUAUAUCCUAUGAGCCAAAGGUGUCACACAAAGGUCAGGCAUUGGCUAACUUCCUCCUUGAGUAUGAGGGUAAGCCCGAAGAGCCAGAUCCUUCCGAGCCACAAUGGGAGCUUCGGGUAUACGGUUCCUCGAACCUAACGAGUGCUGGGGCGGGGAUUGUUAUCACAACCGCUGAUGGCACCAAGUUGCAACAGUCAAUUCGCUUGACUUUUCCUGCUAUUAACAACGAAGCCGAGUAUGAGGCCUUACUCGCCGGCCUCCGGUUAGCAAACCAGCUCCAGGUAAGGUGUCUAAAAGUUUUUAGUGACUCCCAACUUAUAGUGAAUCAGGUGACAGGCAAAUAUCAGCCCAAAGAAGAAAGAAUGAAAGCAUACAAGGAGGCUGUAGAGAGUGUUGCACGUGGAUACGAUCAAAUCGAGUUCUACCAAGUACCUCGUGUUGAGAAUUCCGAAGUAGAUCAACUGGCCACAACAGCAUCUUCCUCAAACAAAGAUUUAAUCCAGAUAGUGCCAAUAGACAUCCUAAAUGAACCCAAUAUAAGUCCUCGACAACAGAUAAUGGUGAUCCCGAAUAUUUCGCGAGAGCCAUGCUGGAUGGAUCCACUGGAAGCCUACCUCAAGCAUGGGACUCUUCCAAACCAGAAAGCCAAGGUAAGGAAACUCAGGGUCACAACAGCCAAAUAUUCCAUCAUUAAUAACCAGUUGUAUCGGAAGUCAUUUUCAAGUCCUUACCUGAAUUACUUAAUCCCCACUGAGGUCCUCGUGAUAUUAAAGCAAAUCCAUGAUAGGGAUUGUGGUAACCACUCCGGUGGCAAAUCCCUGGCACUUACGGUCUUAACUCAAGGUUACUUCUAG